AGGAGGAUGGAGUGAGCCUUCGACCGGAGACCCAGGAACCUCUUGUCUCCCGGUCCUGACCCCGGCCCUCCCUAGGCAGAGUCCUCUGCCCAGAGCCUUCAGCCCUAUGCUAAUGGGAGCCCUGGCCACAGGAGUAAACAAUUUCUUGUUUCACUUUUUUUUUAAAAAGGGACUAUCGUAGCCACAGGGAGUAUAGAAAAACAAAUGGAGAGCUGGGGAGGGAGUUGCUGAGAGCUUCCAGCUUGGGGUGAUGGGGGCAUCCAGCUGCCCCACAGUGUCUGUGUUUUCUGUUUCUGUUGUUAGGGGAGGCAGCACAGACCAGUUGGAGCUAGGAAGGCAGGACAUGGGGUCUCUGGGGGAGAAAGUGUCUUCUCACAUUUAGCUCCUGAGCUAGACCGAGCAGCCGAGACCCUGAACUGCGGGCUGGUUCCUGGAGGAAGUAUAUUUUGGUGUUGCCAUUCAUGGGUGGGUUUGGGGCCAGGGGCUUCUCUGGCUGUUGCGCUGGGCAUGGCAUGCUGGGGGCCCUGUGCCUGCCUUCCCUGAACCCCUGAAUCUGAAACUUCACCCAUAGACUGUAAGAAGGCAAUGCCAAGAAGCUGGUGACGGCCAUCUUCUCCUCCGCCAUGGCUGACGGCGUUAUGUAUGAAGUGGCCUCCCAGCAGGAGGGGGACGCUCCCCCUUCGGCCGGUGAAGCCAGCCCAGGGUCUGAGCAGGUAAAGCUGAAGAAGGAGAUCUCGCUGCUUAAUGGCGUGUGCCUGAUUGUGGGGAACAUGAUUGGCUCGGGCAUCUUUGUCUCCCCCAAGGGCGUGCUCAUGUACAGUGCCUCCUUUGGCCUCUCCCUGGUCAUCUGGGCUGUUGGGGGCCUCUUCUCCGUCUUUGGGGCCCUUUGUUAUGCGGAAUUGGGCACCACCAUUAAGAAAUCUGGGGCCAGCUAUGCCUACAUCCUCGAGGCCUUCGGGGGAUUCCUUGCCUUCAUCCGACUCUGGACCUCGCUCCUCAUCAUCGAGCCCACCAGCCAGGCCAUCAUUGCCAUCACCUUUGCCAACUACAUGGUGCAGCCCAUCUUCCCGAGCUGCUUCGCCCCUUAUGCUGCUGGGCGCCUGCUGGCCGCUGCGUGCAUCUGUCUCUUAACCUUCAUUAACUGUGCCUAUGUCAAGUGGGGAACGCUGGUACAAGAUAUCUUCACCUAUGCGAAAGUAUUGGCGUUGAUCGCUGUCAUCGUCGCGGGCAUUGUUAGACUUUGCCAGGGAGCCUCGACUCACUUUGAGAAUGCUUUUGAGGGUUCGUCAUUUGCCAUGGGUGAUAUCGCCCUGGCUCUGUACUCGGCUCUGUUCUCCUACUCCGGCUGGGACACGCUCAACUAUGUCACGGAAGAGAUCAAGAAUCCUGAGAGGAAUCUGCCCCUGUCCAUUGGCAUUUCCAUGCCCAUUGUCACCAUCAUCUACAUCUUGACGAAUGUGGCCUAUUACACCGUGCUAGACAUGAGGGACAUCCUGGCCAGUGACGCCGUUGCUGUGACUUUUGCAGACCAGAUUUUUGGAAUUUUCAACUGGACGAUUCCACUGGCAGUUGCAUUAUCCUGCUUUGGUGGCCUCAACGCCUCCAUUGUGGCUGCUUCUAGGCUUUUCUUCGUGGGUUCAAGAGAAGGCCAUCUCCCUGAUGCCAUCUGCAUGAUUCACGUGGAGCGGUUCACGCCAGUACCUGCCCUGCUCUUCAAUGGCCUCAUGGCGCUCGUCUACCUGUGCGUGGAGGACAUCUUCCAGCUCAUCAACUACUACAGCUUCAGCUACUGGUUCUUCGUGGGGCUCUCCAUCGUGGGUCAGCUCUAUCUGCGCUGGAAGGAGCCUCGGCGGCCUCGUCCCCUCAAGCUCAGCCUGCUCUUCCCCAUCGUCUUCUGCCUGUGCACCGUCUUCCUGGUGGCCGUGCCACUUUACAGUGACACCAUCAACUCCCUCAUCGGCAUCGGCAUCGCCCUCUCAGGCCUGCCCUUCUAUUUCCUCCUCGUCAGAGUGCCGGAGCACGAACGACCUCACUGCCUCCGAAGGACUGUGGCCUCUGCCACGUGGUACCUCCAGGUCCUAAGUAUGUCAGUUGCUGCAGAGAUGGAUUUGGAAGAUGGAGGAGAGAGGCCCAAGCAAGGAGACCCCAAGUCUAACUAACUACCAUCUAGAAUCCAUCCUGAGAGGUGGAAAGCAGCGGCCUCUUGUCCCUUACUGGCUGGAGCCAAGGAAGAUGAAAAGCAAAGUGUGCUGCUUUGUCGAAGCUGCUCAGACCAGGCUUCUGGACAGCUGCCUUCAACUUGUGAACUUGCCUUUUGAGAGAUGAAAAGUAAUUUAUUUGUUUUGCUACACAUUGCUUUAUUGUCCCUUUUAAAAAACUCUGGAAGACUGUGGUGGGGAGCAUGUCCGGUGUGGGCUUGGUUGUACGAGCAGCACAGUCGCGUGUUAAGAUGUUCACCCACCUCUGGGUGCGCCCACCCACUCCUUUUCCUUUAAAAGGGCCAAUAAUGCCCUGAACUUCCUGUGUCCUUUCGAGAGACAUGACACUGUCACAGGUGCUAGAUAAUAAAGGGUUAUGUUCUAAA